AUGGCUGCUCGAUACUCUGUUGCCCGCGCUGCGCGCCAAUUAACUUCCGCUGCUGCGAGGAAGCCGUCGCCGUUUGUGUGCCAGCGAUGGCAGCAGGCAAGCCAGGCGCAACGGCUAUUCUCGGUAUCUGCCGCAUUGAAGGAGAAGAAGUAUACUGAGGACCAUGAGUGGAUUGAGAUGUCUGCGGACGGCAAGACUUGCACACUAGGUAUCUCCGAAUACGCAGCCAAGGCCCUCGGCGACGUCGUAUACAUCGAGCUCCCACAGGUCGAAAUGGAGGUCAGCGAGGGCGACGCAAUCGGCGCGGUUGAGUCCGUAAAGUCGGCUUCCGAUAUCCUCACUCCCAUCAGCGGUACGGUCGCGGAAGUCAACUCGGAUCUUGAGAACAAGCCCGCGCAGAUCAACAAGGACCCAGAGGGCGAUGCGUGGAUUGCGAAGAUCACCGUCGUGGAGGAGCCGAAGGGCAAGCUGAUGAGCAAGAGCGAGUAUACUGAGUUCACUGAGGAGGCAUAA